AUGGCCGACGCCUCGCCUCCGCCAGAGUGCUACAUCCAGAGCUUGCUCGAUGUCGACUUGUACAAGCUGUCCAUGCAGUAUGCGGUCCUGGAAGCGUAUCCCGGUGUGAACGUCAAGUACCGCUUCACGAACCGCAGCGGCACCAAGUUCACCCGACCGAUGUAUGACGCCGUCCUUGCCGCUAUCAAGCACCUCGGAACGCUCCGCCUCCAGCCCGAAGAACGCGCCUUCCUCGAACGCCACUGCCCCUACUUCCCCAAAUCCUACCUCGACUACCUUUCCAACUUCCGCUUGCGACCAGACGAGCAGGUCAAGGUCGAGUUUGUGCCGAACGGAGAGAAAGAUGCGGAUGGCACCGAGUGGGGAGGGUUCGACCUCGAGAUCCACGGCCUGUGGACCGAGACGAUCCUGUACGAGGUCCCGUUGAUGUCGAUCAUUUCGGAGGCCUACUUCACGCACGUCGACACCAAGUGGGAUUACGUCGGACAAUACGAGAACGCUCGCCAAAAAGGACUCGCCCUCUACCGCGCCGGCUGCAUCCUCUCCGAGUUCGGCUCGCGCCGCCGACGAACGUACAAGGCCCACGACAUUGUCAUGCGCGGGCUGAUCAAGGCGAAUGAGGAAUGCGGGAACGGCAAGGAGGGCAAAGGCGGCAAGUUGAGCGGGACUUCGAACGUGCACUUUGCGCAGAAGUACGAUUUGGCGCCGAUUGGCACGAUAGCCCACGAAUUGAUCAUGGGCAUCGCGGCGCUGGAAGGGUACGAGGGCAGCAACGGGCGCAUGAUGGACAUGUGGGAGAAGAUCUACCCGGACGGCUCGCUCGGCAUUGCUUUGACCGACACCUUCACGACCAAGCCGUUCUUCGACGACUUUGUCUCCAACCCCGAGCGCGCACGACGGUGGAAAGGAUUGCGGCAAGACUCGGGCGAUCCAUUCAAGUUCAUCCCGGUCGCGAAGGAGGCGUUCCAAAGGGUCGGCGCGGAUCCUAGCAAGAAAAUCGUCGUCUUCUCCGACUCGCUCGACGUCAAGCGCUGCCUCGAGCUCAAGAAGGCGUCGGACAAAGCCGGCAUCGGCUGCUCCUUCGGCGUCGGCACAGACUUGACGAAUGACUUCCGCCAUGUCGAGCAACCUGAGCAGCAGGAGCACCUUGGAGACGGGCCAAUCCGGACAGAGGGUGCGAAGAGCAAGGCGCUCAACAUGGUCAUCAAGCUCUACUCGAUCAACGACCAGUUUUGCGUCAAGAUCUCGGACGAGUUGACCAAGAACACCGGCGACCCCGAAGCCGUCCGCCUCGUCAAGCGCCGCUUCGGCCUCGAAGACCACGGCGCCGAAAGCGACGCCGCAAAAUGGGGACCGACCGUCUAG